GGGCCGGGGCCGGACCGGGAUGGCGGCUGGCGGCGGGGGCCGGGGCCGGGGCCCGGGCUGGGCGGCCCCCCAGGAGAAGCAGUUCCCGCCGGCGCUGCUGAGCUUCUUCAUCUACAACCCGCGCUUCGGGCCGCGCGAAGGCGAGGAGGAAAAUAAGAUUUUGUUUUACCAUCCCAAUGAAGUAGAAAAGAAUGAGAAGAUCAGAAACGUGGGUUUGUGCGAGGCGAUCGUGCAGUUCACAAGAACCUUCAGUCCCUCAAAACCUGCAAAGUCGUUACACACGCAGAAGAAUCGGCAGUUCUUCAAUGAACCAGAAGAGGACUUUUGGAUGGUCAUGGUUGUUCGGAACCUAUACAUUGAAAAGCAGAGUAAAGAUGGAAAACCAAUUGUUGAAUACCAAGAGGAAGAAUUGUUGGACAAGGUUUACAGCUCGGUGCUGCAACAGUGCUACAGCAUGUACAAGCUCUUCAAUGGCACGUUUCUGAAGGCCAUGGAGGACGGCGGGGUCAAGCUCCUGAGAAGAUUAGAGAAGUUCUUCCAUCGGGUGAGUGACGUGAACUUCAUGAACCACUGUAGCCCUGUUGGAACAGCUUUUAGGAACUACGCAAACAAGAUGCUUUUUUUUUUUUUUUUUUGCUUCUUUGCUUUAACGGUCAUGGAUAGUCACUCUCCUACCUCCUGGCCCCUGUUUAUCUUAUUUGCAGGACUCUGCAUUUGGCAGUCCUGUGACUUACUUGACAUUUUUGGUGGAAUCAGCUUCUUCCCCUUGGAUAAAAUGACUUACUUGAUCCAGUCGUUCAUUAAUAGGAUGGAGGAAAGUCUUGAGCAUUCAAAAUACACUGCCUUUCUCUACAACGACCAGCUCAUCUGGAGCGGCUUAGAGCAAGACGACAUGAGAAUUUUGUACAAAUACCUCACCACCUCCCUGUUUCCGCGGGCACAGGAGCCUGAGCUAGCAGGCAGGGAUUCGCCUAUUCGGACUGAGAUGCCAGGGAACCUUCAGCACUAUGGGAGAUUCCUUACUGGACCCUUGAACCUGAAUGAUCCGGAAGCAAAAUGCAGAUUCCCCAAAAUUUUCGUGAAUACCGAUGACACUUAUGAAGCACUCCAUCUAAUCGUGUAUAAGGCCAUGAGUGCGGCUGUGUGCUUCAUGAUUGACGCCUCCCUCCAACUCACUCUGGAUUUCUGCCGAAGACUGGACAGCAUCGUGGGACCGCAGCUCACUGUGUUGGCAUCAGACAUUUGCGAGCAGUUCAACAUCAACAAAAGGAUGUCAGGGUCUGAGAAGGAGCCGCAGUUCAAGUUUAUCUACUUCAACCACAUGAACCUGGCUGAAAAGAGCACGAUCCACAUGAGGAAGACGCCCAGCGUGUGUCUCACCUCCGUUCACCCUGACCUCAUGAAGAUUCUGGGAGACAUCAACAGUGACUUCACCAGGGUGGAUGAAGACGAGGAGAUCAUUGUGAAAGCCAUGAGUGAUUAUUGGGUGGUUGGGAAAAAGUCUGAUCAGCGGGAGCUCUACGUGAUUUUGAAUCAAAAAAAUGCAAACCUGAUUGAAGUCAAUGAGGAGGUGAAGAAGCUGUGCGCCACUCAGUUCAAUAACAUCUUCUUCCUCGACUGACCAGCUCUUGAGCACGUGCAACACACACAGACUUUGCCUCCUGACAAGAGUACAGCAAUACUUGCUCUGAAGAAUUCCAUUUCUAUUCAGUCUGAUGAGCCCAAGGUUUUUAGAUUUUAAAUAUUUAUGUGGGUAAAGGUAAUCAGCUACACCUCAUCAUUCCAUUCUUUUGACCUGAUGUGAUUAUUUUACUGGAAAAUAAGAAGAAUAAAUUGUUAAAGUUUUUUAAA